CCGCAGCGAGCGGGCUUGAAACCAAAACAAACCCUAAACUGUCCUGCCAUGUGGUGUAUUUGUAGUUCGUGAUGGAUCUUCCUUGCACCCAGUGGCAAGAUCAUGUUGCCCAGAAAUUGAGCGGACUCGACCCCGAGUUAAAGGAAAAGUUUGCAUCCCUUCUUGAAAUAGAUGAUGUUUUCAAGUGUGCCCUAUCUCUGAUAAACCAAGAUGACCUGGACUUUGUGCAGUCCAUCUCUGCAGGAUACUCAGUAAAGAAGGACACAGAACAAGCAGCCAAAAGCAGGGAGAAGGGCAACUCUAGCUUCAAGGCCAGAGACUACACUGCAGCCGCUUUAUACUAUUCACAGGGCAUCUGUUUUGCUCCUCUAAGUUCAGAGCAGCUGUCUCUGUGCUAUGCCAACCGCUCUGCUGCGCUCUACCAUCUGCAGCAUUACCAGGAAUCCCUUGAUGACAUUGACAAAGCUCUAAAGAAUGGCUAUCCCUCUCAUCUUUUGCAUAAAAUAGAGGACCGUCGUGUACAAUGCUUCAAGCACUUCUCUGUAGGUCAAAAGGCAAAAGAGGAUCAUCACAGUCCUGCCUCAAAGAAUCAUAAAAACCCAGAUGGAGUGAAAAGGGCAUCUGCGGGACCUCUCACAUUUGGAAUUUGUCCUCGAGCUGCUGUUUGCUUCAGCUCAGAGAAAGGUCGACACCUUGUGGCUGCAGAGAGAAUAGCAGCAGGGGAGGUGAUCCUUCAUGACAGGCCAUACAGCUGUGUGCUUAUACCAGGGAUGGAGGAGGUGAAAGGGAAGGGAGCAGGGCAGGAGGCAGAGAGAGGAGUGAUGCUUGGAGUGGAGCACAGACGCUGUCACAGGUGUUUGACUGAAACACUGAGCCCUGUGCCAUGUGACGGGUGUAGCUACAGCCGGUACUGUUCAACUUCCUGUCAGCGAGAUGCCUGGGAGGAACAUCACCGCUGGGAGUGUCCACUGGCAGCUGAUCUUAUGAUGAUGGGUGUGAUGUCACACCUCGCUCUGAGGGUAACACUAAAAGCGGGGUUGAAAAACAUCCAAAUAGCCAGGGAUCCAAUCAGAGACGAGCACACAGACAUAGAGCCAAGCUAUGAUUCAUCUUCACGUCAUUCAGAUAAACUCAAUCCUUGUGCUUCAUACUACGGUGACUCUUACUCAAACGUGUUUCACUUGCAGCACCACCUGAAUCGCCACAGCCCUAGCGUGCGUUUUUUAUGUGCAGUUACCAUAGCAACACUCUACCAAAAGCUCAGUAAGGCAGGGCCUCCACCUGCAUCUUGGGACCUUAGUAGACCCUUAGGGGCAAACAGCCAAUCACCAAACAAGGAGGAAGGUAUCGCAGAUUGGAGCUCGGAACUGUGGCGGCUGGGAAGUGCAGUUCUGAGGCACGUCCUGCAGCUGAGAUGUAACGCCCAGGCAAUCGUCAUGCUGCAAGAUACAGGAGCAGCAAACUCUCCAGUGCAGUCCAGCAGGGAAAUCCGCAUUGCUACGGCAAUAUUCCCUACUCUCAGUCUUCUGAAUCAUUCCUGCUGUCCCAACACCAGUCUGGUGUUCAGCACUGCGGCCAGCGCUGAUCCUUCUGGUACAGAUCUGUCUGCAGACUUCAGUGAGAGUGUGACUGAAUGCAGAAACACAGCCUGCGGAGUCACUGUCACUGUCAGAGCAGCCAAAGUUAUAGUAGCUGGACAAGAGAUCUUGCACUGCUAUGGUCCUCACAGCAGCAGGAUGGCCACCCAAGAACGCCAGCGUCUCCUGCAGGAACAGUACUAUUUCAUUUGUCAGUGUGAGGCCUGCACUCUGCAGCAGCAGCAGCAGCAGCAGCAGGAGGAGGAGGAGGAAGAGGGUUCAGAGGGCAGACAGCAGAGGCUGGGUGCUGGAGGCAGUCCACAGUCUGGACUUCUGUGUGGGAAGUGCAAAGGCUCUCUCAAAAAAAACAGCAUGGACAAAGGAAAAGGAUUUAUAUGUCCACAGUCAUUCUGUGGUCAUCGUAUGUCUGCAUCUGAAGUUAGCCACAGGCUGCAGGAGAUCAGGGUCCACCUGGAGAAGGCUGUGGACCUCAUGGAAAGAGAGAGGCCAGAUGAGGCUCUGAGACUGUUGACAAGGACCCAGAGUCCAUCUGGACUGAUCCUUGCAGAGACACACCCACUACAGGGGGAGCUGGCCGAUGCCAUGGCGAGAGCAUAUGCUACAAUGGGUGACUGGAAUAAUGCAGCCUCUCAUCUGGAGAAAAGUGCCACAGCUAUUGGCUCUCAGUACGGAGAAGACAGUAUUGAAUUGGGUCGACAACUCUUCAAAUUAUCUCAACUGCACUUCAAUGGUGGUGCGAGAGACUUGGCCCUCUCUGUCAUCCCCAAGGUCAGACAACUCCUCCUCCUCCACUGUGGCCCUCACUGCGAUGAAUUACAGGAGUUGCAAGCUAUGGAGGACUGUCUACGAGGGUAGUCGUACAUAAACACAAGAGUGGAAAUUUUUACAAUGUAAUUACAGUUUUCAACUCAAAGUGAUUAAAAUCCAUGGAAAUCUAUGAUUGUGGACAUUUCCUGCUUUUGUAUGUAAUAAGAAAUGUAUAUAUUACUGUUUAUGAGCGCUUGUAUGUAUAUACCCAGGUAGUAUUAUACUGAUUUAUAGUAAAUAAUAUACUGUUUUAGAAGCGACAUGCAAGUCUGCACUGCUACUGAAUGGCCACAGGUAUACAUGCAGUUGAUUGUGGCUCUCUGACCUCUUGGUGUCAGAAUGUAGCCAUCAAUAAUUUCAAUUUCAUGCUUGAGUGGGAGUCAUGCAGUGUGUGACAACUUAUCCACCAGGUACUUCCAGGUUACAUGUACUUCUCAAAAUGAAGUAAAUGAAUGUGUUUUUCA